CACUAACACAGAAUUCGAGCUGCGACAGCACCACAAACCUCGAUAUAAGAACCAUUGGCUUGCGCAUCGUCGAAGUCGCAUGAUCCCGGCGCAAAUGACUUUUGCCCGAAAAGGUCACUGUGAGAUCGCUAUUGAGGUCAAUAGCGUAUUAUGACCCAGCCUCAUCCCGACGUCAUGACCUCAGAAGUACCGCCUCAACACGCCAUUGUGCUCGAUUCGACUAUCCUCACUCCCGACACUGCUCAUGCCCUAGGCCCAAGCCCCGGUGCCUCGUCCGCUACAGCGUCGACAGGCGCCGUGACACCUGGACAAAGAGCCACCGGGUCGGAUUGGCAAGUAGGCAAUGCCUUGUUUGAUCUCCAGAUGAAUCCAUUCCAUGCUCCGGAUCAUGGAAAAACUGUUUCGUCUAGCCCUGGCCCACCGCAAGAGGACAAAGUGCCGGCUGCCAGCCUUAACCCAUAUCGCGAUGGUCGUAUCAGGACCGCAGUGCCAAGCAAGCUUAAGGGCAGGACGAACAUGAAGCAAGGUAACUUCAGUGUUAUGCAUAUGCGCCUCCAGAAGCCGCAGAUAACGGAGCGCGACCUUGCGGCCAAGCGUACAAGUGAAAGAACUGCUGCUGCUGCCAAACUUGCAAGUGCUCAAGGGUAUCGCUAUCCAAGGAGACCGCGGCCACCACACACAGCGGCUGCUCGCACUCCUUCACAAUCUCUCUCAAAUCUCCCUUCAGUAAUUGCAGACAUUUACGGGCCAGUUGCUCAGCCUCCACCCCUCAGGACUGUUAUGCCAUAUGAAGAGCGGCGAGCAGAGACGGGAUCUGCACAAGCCAGCACAGGGCUUGAAGAGAAUUCAUUGAUGGAAGCAGGCAGUGUGGAAAAUAUUGAAACAGAAAUUCUAGCAGAAUCAACUAAAGGAGAGGUCGCACCCGGUGUCAACCAUGAACAACAGGACGGUCCAUUUAUAGAUGCGAACUCGACACAGGACGUCAGCAUGAACCCGUCGAACGAAUUUGCCACACCAGCAGAUCCCACACAGGAGACUAACAGAGAACAGCCUGCCAUUACGAAGCUCUUGGCAACAAUUCUUCCACCGGAAGAGGUCAGAGCAGAGCAAUAUCGACUUCUUGAACUCCUACGAAAGCUGCACCCGACUACAGUCGUAGAAACGCUUUGCAGUGCCCUUACCCAGUUCGGCGGUGCCACUCGGCGGCUCCCGUCUCCUGACGGGGGGUCCUCUGAAAGUGGCUCGAAGAAAAGCUCGGGCGAUCUCUUUAUUUCGUGGAUUUCGGAAAUCUUCCCUCCAAAUUUUGCUGAAAACAGCACUACGAAAAGGCCAUCGAAACCCUCAACAGGGAGACCACGAGGUAGGCCAAAAGGGAGUACGAAAAAGCUAGUACACGCAGAUUUACAUCUUAAGCGUACUGCCUUCGUUCCCCUGGCUAUGAGGCCCGAUGAAACGAAUGGUACGCAGCUUUCGACACUUGUCAAAUGCUCGGGUGCACCACCAGACUCUGUUGCAAAUAAUCCAGGCUCAGAUAUGCCUCUAUCACGUGCUUCUAACAACCAAAGCCCGAGGGAAGCCCGAAGAAGCACCUCAGGUCCAUCGAUUACACCCGCCGAAUUAACUAGCACAUCUGCACUGGUCGUGCCAAAUUCUUCGGUUACAACGUUAAGACGCACGAAGAGUACAGGAAGGCCUCGUGGUCGGCCUAAGGGAUCAAGGAACAAGCCCAGGCUACUGCCUGCUAAGCCUGCUUCUUCCUCAUUUAACUCAUCAGACUCUCAUCUUAGGGAGUCAAGGCCUCAAUCUCAUGAGCCAACCACGAGGGAAAACAUGUAUAACUCCCUAAUAUCCACGCCUGAUUCAAGCUACGUGACCGAGACAGCCAGUGCUCUUCGAAACACCUUUUCUUUCCCAGUAUUGCCCGAUCCUGCUGAAGAAGCGGCCAGCACAAUGCAAGGUGGCGCAACUGGCUCGCCUGGUUGCACGCAGGUGAACAAAGCACGAACAGCCGGUGGCCGUUCCGUUAUCAUACAGGAACUUCAGGGGCCACCCAGCCACCACCAGGACGCUGCCCUAGUUUCUUCAAAGAAGAGAAAGAAUUCACAACAAGGUCCCUGUACCAACACUCGAGUGAUCGAUACCCCCCAAACAUCCCCCAGGACCGCGCAAUUAGCCACCAAUCAUCCUCACGAGAAACAAGUCAAGCGUCUUUGUGUGUCUCAGGAGACAAAUCCAAGAAACCUUGGCACUAGCGAAAGAUAUUCGCAAUCGGCCGAUGCAGAGGCUAUAGCUUUUCGUUCAAGUGCCACUACCAGACACACAUUGUCUAUAUCAGGCAUAUUCGCCUCCGGGGUACAGGCAAUUGGGCUUGGAGAUAGUUUGAGCCAGCAAGUGCCACAAAGCUCAUCUCAUUUGUAUCAGCAGGAUCAAGGGCUCAAGCAAUUUGAUGAGUCUUACCAGACCCAAGCAGAUCAAGGCGUCCAACUUCAACGCAAGCAUCAACCUCGGCAUCAUUCACCACAGGAUUUGAGAUCCGAACAGUCGAUCCGACCGACGAGUCUAUCUUCUCCAACGAAUACUCAGCCACAUAGCCGGGACCUCGGGGCUCCGGAGGAUGUUCUCCGCGAAGUAACCGUAGUGGAUUUGUACCAGCGGCAGCAACGACAGCAACGACAGUUGUCGAAUCAAUUAGGUCAUUCCGCUGCAGGCCCAUUUUCCCAGACAGCACGCUCAAGCUCUCCUCGGCAAGCUCAAAGGCUUGACAGCCGACCCCUGGUUCCUCAACACGGGCAACAAGGUCUCCGUCGUUCAACUGGGACAACACCCUUACCAAACAUGGACCAUUCUGAGUCGCAUCACCACUUAGAAGAGUCAGCACCAAUCGCAAGUAUGGACAAAACACCUCCCAAGCCUUGUAAAACUGUAUCAGCGCCUGUGGCAGACAUGUCUUAAGCUCCCAGCUUUAAUAGACAGAGCUACGUCCGAACGGACUAUCACAGCAACUCUGGCACAGCGAAGCAACUCAGAAGCGAUCCAUGCUUUGACAAUACACUGGCCGAAAUUCACAUUCGUAGUCGAGUAUUUUACACCAUGAAGAGAUAGCGAGAAUAUCAGAAGAUAUCAAGGAGCAGAGGUGGGUGGUCCAAAUCGGCUGAUUCCAUGUGAUCGGACCUUUUCUGCUCUUGGGCUGCAGGACGGCUCAAGUAUUCACGCCCUACAAAUCAUGACAGGGACACCGGAAUGUUUGCACAAGAGGGCGAACGUAACGUGAGUAUCACUUGUGUGGAUACUAAGCAAAGAAAACAUGUGUCUUUAAGUAGCAGAGAGGCAUCAUUAGAGGAAAGGCUGGGUUUCCGGCUUGGCUAAGUCAUUGUGUGUGUGUGUUCAUGGAUUGUAUAUCACUUAUAGGCAAGAUCACACAGAAAGCCAAACCCAAACUAAACAGACUGGUGGUCUGAUGCUCAGAUCAUCGUAUCCUUUCAGUUUUAGUAGAUUUAAGAAUAAGCUUCCCACCUCCUAUCAAAGUAGAGGCUUCUUAGGAUAAUAAAUAUACUGCUAUCCAAAUGAAUAAAGAGCCACGCCAACUUGACCCUAUGAGGCUAGUGCAAACAGUGGAUGGGGACGUCCUUUUCACUAUUCAGGGAAACAAGAGCCCUUUGAGGGUUUGAGACACUCGGCUUCGAUCUUAAGUUGAUAGGAAAGUGGUGAAAUAUAAAUGAAAAUAUAAUGUC